GCGGGUAAAAAGUGUUGGUUGCUGCGUGCAAGUAUUUAUACUACUUCUAUACUGUAUUGCACCGUUAUCAACAUGGUAUUUUUUUUAAACCCAUUCAUUUCCCUGUAAUCUGCUGAGAUUGUAACAGUUUUCAGGCUUUGAAGGCGGGUUUUUACUGGAAUUACUAGAAAUGUGAAAUUGAUCUGGCAAGCCUGUCUCUGCCUGAGCAUGAUCACAACAAAAGUAGCUGUGCAGCAAGUUUUUAAGGAAGAGGAGGAUGGUUGCAGAUGUUCUCAUUCAUGCAAGAAGAAACUUGUCUUCCUUUACAAAGGCACUGCAGAGGCUAAGAAGAUGCAUGGAAACUCUAAAAGAAACAUAAUUCAACAUGUAGGCCAGAUUUGAAAAGGAAAUAAUAAAUCCCGAAGCUCAGUGUAAUGGCUCUCGUCGGUGGAAGGAGAGGAGGACCAAAGCGCAGCGUGCAUUUUAAGGUGCUAGUGGAUGAGCUUCACGUGAAGGGAGAGGGAAAAGUUGCGAAGGCCAUGAAAGAAUCCUUCAAAAUCCUGAACGAGGCUGCGACCAAGGGCCAGGGCAGCCUGUGUAACCAGGCUUUCAUGCUGAUCACAGAUGGAGCCAUGGAGGACUUCAAAGACGUGUUUGAAGAGUUCAACUGGCCUGAUCGCAGGGUGCGCCUCUUCACUUACCUUAUUGGCAGAGUGAUGACCUUUGCGGACAACACCAAGUGGAUCGCCUGCAACAACAAGGGUUACUACACACACAUCUCCACUCUGGCUGAUGUGCAGGAGAAUGUCAUGGAGUACCUUCACGUCCUGAGCCGACCAAUGGUCAUCAAUCACAAUCAUGACAUAAUCUGGACCGAGGCUUACAUGGACACUGUGCUACCCAAUACGAAGGAGCUCUUCGCCACAAAGGCUCAAAGUUUACUUCUCAUGACCACGGUGGCAAUGCCCGUCUUCAGCAAGAAGAAAGAGACGGUCAGUGGACUAAAAGCCUAUGUUAGAUUUAAAUGUAUAUUUAACAUAGGAAUGGUGGUAAUCAAAGUAAUAACAGUUAGAAGUUGUAAUUGUAGUAGUCCCUUUGAGGCACCAGACUAUUCUUCCCCAAUAGCCUGUUACAACUGUAGUAAUCUAGAGCUAUAAAAGGUAUGUGAGGUACAGUACCAGUCAAAUGUUUGGACACACCUACUCAUUCAGGGUUUUUCUUUAUUUUUACUAUUUUCUACAUUGUAGAAUAAUAGUGAAGACAUCAAAACUAUGAAAUAACACAUAUGGAAUCAUGUAGUAACCAAAAAAGUGUUAAACAAAUCAAAAUAUAAUUUAUAUUUCAGAUUCUUCAAAGUAGCCACAGAUUUCCAUCGGUCUAAUGUCCAUUUCUAGUGUUUCUUGGCCCAAGCAAGUCUCUUCUUCUUAUUGGUGUCCUUUAGUAUUGCUUUCUUUGCAGAAAUUCGACCAUGAAGGCCUGAUUCAGGUAGUCUCCUCUGAACAGUUGAUGUUGAGAUGUGUCUGUUACUUGAACUCUGUGAAGCAUUUAUUUGGGCUACAAUAUGUGGUGGAGUUAACUCUAAUGAACUUAACCUCUGCAGUAGAGGUAACUCUGGGUCUUCCUUUCCUGUGGUGGUCCUCAUGAGAGCCAGUUUCAUCAUAGCGCUUGAUGGUUUUUGCGACUGCACUUGAAGAAACUUUCAAAGUUCUUGAAAUGUUCCGCAUUGACUGACCUUCAUGUCUUAAAGUAAUGAUGGACUGUCGUUUCUCUUUGCUUAUUUGAGCUGUUCUUGCCAUAGUAUGGACUUGGUAUUUUGCACCGUUAUCAACAUGGUAUUUUUUUUUUACCCAUUCAUUUCCCUGUAAUCUGCUGAGAUUGUAACAGUUUUCAGGCUUUGAAGGCGGGUUUUUACUGGAAUUACUAGAAAUGUGAAAUUGAUCUGGCAAGCCUGUCUCUGCCUGAGCAUGAUCACAACAAAAGUAGGUGUGCAGCAAGUUUUUUAAGGAAGAGGAGGAUGGUUGCAGACGUUCUCAUUCAUGCAAGAAGGUAAGCUAUUAACUAAACUGUUAACCAAUAUUUUAACUAAAAUUGUAUGUGGUGUAUUGGCAAGCAAUGCAUGUUCCCAUUGUCUUUAUUUGUAAUUUCUGUUAGCUCAUGUAUAUCUUUCGGCUGAAUCCAACAUGCAUUGACAAUGUCUGAAAGCCAUAUUGUGUCAGAUAUACUGCGUCAUGAGAUUGAAAUUGGUGGGCUCAUCCAAACAAUUCAUUAAUGUGCAAUUGUUACUUUAUACUUAUUUACUGCUUGCUAAUGAUUAGCGUGCUAGCCAAUGAUUAGCGUGCUAGCUAGCGGUUAGCGUGCUAGUUUAGCAUAAUUGGUAAAAAUGUCUUGUGGUUAACCCAAUGUUACAUGCAUUGGAAAAUAAUAUUGCUAGUGUAACUUGAAUUGGUUUACAAGCUAGCUAGAAAAGCCAGUUCCUUUUCAUCUGUUUUGUCAAGUCAUAAGCAUGCAAACGUGCUGAAAUAUUUAAAUAAAUCCCCUCAUUUAAGUUUUGGCGGGUUUUUUAUCGCCAUUACGCAAAGAGAAAUAAGUUGCUAGUUAUUUUGGCUUUGCAUUUUAAACAGUGAAACACCACAACAGGAAUAAAGAUUGUGGAAAGUGUCAAAUUUGGUAGGACUGUGCCAAUUCACAUGCCUUGCUUUAGCCAUAUCACUCUUACUGUUUCUUGUUUAGUUCAUCCAUAAAAGCAGAUCAGCCUUAGUUGCAUCCAGGAACUUGCAUAAUGUGCUUAUGUUAUGCUUAUACUUGCUUUUUUACUUUGAAAGUCGUCUUAAAAAAGGAAAUUGUAAUAGAUGUUUGUAGGACCUCUGUCAGUCAAUGAUAACAGUCAUUGGGGUCCACCAGCCCAUCCCCUUUGUUGUGUGCUGAGCAAUCUUGUCAUUCUUUUAAGUCUCAACCAUUCUUUUAGAAACUUGUCUUCCUUUACAAAGGCACUGCAGAGGCUAAGAAGAUGCAUGGAAACUCUAAAAGAAACAUAAUUCAACAUGUAGGCCAGAUUUGAAAAGGAAAUAAUAAAUCCCGAAGCUCAGUGUAAUGGCUCUCGUCGGUGGAAGGAGAGGAGGACCAAAGCGCAGCGUGAUGUCAGACACCGAGGCUGCCUGCACCGCCGUUGAUCAGAACAGACAGCGUAUACUUGACCAAAGCUAUGCUUGGAUACAGGACUGAUGACUCAAUAACCAGUAUUGACAAUAGUGAAGAUGGUUAUGUCCCAGGGCCAUCAGGAUCAUCAGAGGAAGGCAAUUUCUAUGAAGAAAAUCUGACCGGUGUGCCUAUACCUUACAUACACAUGGACCUAUUCUUAAUUACAAUGUCCUUCUCGACAUGUUUUCCACUGAUGUUUUCCAGGAGAGAUGUCAGCGAUUCGGGCCAAACAGCCAAUGACCAAGGGAAAGCUGGGACAAAAGAGAGGCUCACACGGUGCCAAAGGAACAAAAAGGUAUUGGUCGACAAUAGAGGUGGAUGCAGUUGAAGAUUCCUUGAUGAAUUUCAACCGAAUGGGAUAAACGCCUGGAAAACAAGACUGUAAGAAAGGCAUUGCUGCUUCUCCCCAAGCACUAGUAAACAGGGACUGGAGAGCAGUAAAGUUCUAUGUACAUAACAGAAUAGUUGCAGAUCAGAGAAAAUAAGUGUAUGAGAUGCUUCUGGUUAUCUUGGUGUACUUCUGAGGAUUUAAUGGGACUCACUUGACUUAAGCUCAUAGGCAGAUGACAAAUGUCCUCUAUCUCACUAUUCGGGGGAGUUUUUCCGGGUGGGUGGUUCACUUUUGUAGUGACUAAGGUCUCAAGAAUACAAAGCCUGCUGACUUUGAAUGUUACAGAAAAAAAAAAAAAAAUUCUAAACUAUUAAUCUGUUACUUGGAUAUAUUGAAUCCAUUACUGAAAUGGUUGUUCCAGUUUAAAUACUUUACAGAAGAACUACACUACAGCCGUUGAAUUGCCAUCCGUGUUGCACCAUUGUGGCAUGCUACAUGAAUAUUUUCAGCCAAAAAAUAGAAUGAAUGCGUCAAAUAUCGAGAAUUUAAACUUGUUAAUUAUUUUACGGUUCCAUUAGGUACAACGUAGGCAGUUGGAUAGCUUUUAUAGAUUUCAUAGGAGGCAUUCUCUCAAUGGCUGAUGGCAAUGCAUUGCAAUGCAUUGUGUGGCUGCUGCCAAGAUACAUACUCAAUCUCUAGCCACUAAUAGUUAAUAAUACGAUGUAAUAAAUGUAUCACUAGUCACUUAAACAAUGCCACUUUAUAUAAUGUUUACAUACCCUACAUUACUCAUCUCAUAUGUAUAUACUCUACUCUAUACCAUCUACUGCAUCUUGCCUAUGCCGUUCGGCCAUUGCUCAUCCUUAUAUUUAUAUGUACAUAUUCUUAAUUAUUCCUUUGCUCACAAGAAACCAACAACACACACCACAGAUCAUUUUCAACUGCAUUAAAACUUUAUAGAAACAGAAUUCUUUGGAACAUGCUGAGGAUAAAUUAACAUUUGCCUAACUAGAAUAACAAGUGGAUUAAUAUUAAUCUCUAGUUGAUACUGAGGGACAUAUUCUAUCAUCACUCUAGCGUACUAGAUACUCUGGGUACUCCCAAGGGGUUGAAGCAGUCCAUCUUCAGGAAGAGAACACUCUUCGAGAAGCUACACACCCCAGGGAUGGAAGUACUUUGACAGCUUGUGGCUCCUGUUGGAUCUCAUAGGAAAAGUCUGUUCCAACAGUACUUCUGAAA